AUGGUCGGCCAACUAACCCCGGAAUCGGGUUCAUCGAGCGUGCACGGCAGGAUCCCGUGGGGAAUGUUCUGCCAAGAGAAGCUAAACCUUACAUACUUGCGGGUGUUUGGGGCGCGGGCCUACAUCCACGUGCCCAAGGGAAACCGGAAGAAAAUGAGCCGGGGGCUACUCCUACGGGGGAGGCCGACACUGGGAGAGAGGAUUCCGUUGAAGGGGAUGGCGCUCAAGAGGAGACGGCAAGAAGAUACCCCGCCUUUAGCGUGCGGCCGGGGACUGGUACCAAGCGAAUCUAGCGGCAGAAACGGGGGAGCAUCCCAAGGGGGGUGGGGGUGCCGCAAACGAAUCAAGAAGCCGUAG